AUGUGGAAACAGCUCGUUUAUCUUAUGGUCUUUUACGUAACUACAGUUCAUAGCCAGUUGAGUUAUUCCAUUCCGGAAGAAAUGGGAAAGGGCUCUGUGGUUGGGAACAUAGCGCAAGAUUUGGGUUCGGAUUUACAAAGACUGAAGUCUGGUAAAGCACGCAUAUACAUCGCGGACAGCAUGGAAUACAUCGAAUUGGAUAAAAGGAGGGGUUUACUUCUGAUAAAGGAGAAAAUAGACCGGGAACUGCUUUGCGCAAAAACAACUCCUUGUGCUUUGCAUCUCCAAAUGAUCCUGGAAGACCCAAUGGAAUUGUAUACAAUAACGGUAGAAAUCACGGACAUAAAUGAUAAUGCUCCCAGUUUCCAGGAAAAGGAAAUUACUUUCGAAAUUAGUGAAUCCGCUGUAAUGGGGGCGAAAUUCAUGCUGGAGAACGCAUUCGACCCAGACGUUGGGAUAAAUGGCCUGCAGAGCUACUCCUUGAAACCUACUGAUCAUUUCGGUUUAAAAUUACACAGUCAAGAAGACGGUAGUAAAAACGUCGAAAUGAUAUUGCAAAAAAGCCUGGACAGAGAACAACAAGAGCGAAUGUCUUUGCUGUUAACAGCCAUCGAUGGAGGCGAACCGCAGAUGUCUGGCACAGUUCAGAUAAAUAUAAUUGUACUAGAUGUUAAUGACAAUGCUCCUGUCUUCACUCAGAAAAUAUACAAAGCAGCUGUAACUGAAAACACGCAGAAAGGAUCUAAAAUCGCCCAGGUUAGCGCCUCUGAUGCAGACGAGGGUAGCAAUGGUAAGAUAACUUAUUCUAUUUCAAAGACAAUGGGCAGUUCGCGGAACCUUUUCAUAAUAGACCAGACAAGCGGCGAAGUCACACUAAACGGUGAGAUUGACUAUGAAGUAGCAAAUAAUUAUCAAAUUCAUAUUCAAGCAAAAGAUCAAGGAGGUCUCUCUGACUCAUGUAAAUUGGUUAUUGAUGUGUUAGACACAAAUGAUAACAAACCCAUUAUCAAAGUACUUUCUUUGUCCAAUUCUAUUUCCGAGGAGUCUCCACUCGGAAAAGUAAUCGCGAUGAUAAAUGUAAAUGACCCUGAUUCUGGCUCAAAUGGCAGAGUACAGUGUACUAUCAGUGACAAUAUUCCCUUUGCAAUCGCAUCUUCAGUAGGUAGACCCAAUUUCUUCAGUCUACAAACCCAGCAGAAACUUGAUAGGGAGAAAAACGCAGAGUAUAAUAUCAGUGUAACGUGCGCUGACGAGGGCGCGCAACCCCUUUCCAGCACUGUCUCCUUAUGUGUUAAUAUAGAUGAUGUGAAUGACAACGCCCCAGUCUUUGAGAGAAGCUUUUAUGAAGCAUAUGUCGUUGAGAACAAUACACCGGGUCAGUCUGUAUUCAAAGUAAAAGCAAGUGAUUCUGACUGGAAUCAGAAUGCUCGUGUUUCAUAUAUUCUGGAGGAGAGCGCCGUUAAUGGCGUGUCAGUCUCAUCAUACGUGUCUGUUAACGCUGACAGUGGAGUUAUCAGUGCUGUACGUUCUUUUGACUACGAACAGUUAAAGGAAUUACAUUUCUGCGUAAAAGCACAAGAUGGUGGUUCACCUCCUCUCAGUGGUAAUGUUACAGUGAAAAUAAUUAUUCAGGACCAGAAUGACAACGGACCACAGAUUCUUUAUCCAGUACAAACUGGUGGCUCCGUGGUGGCUGAAAUGGUGCCUCGUUCAGCAGAUGUUGGCUAUCUUGUCACUAAAGUUGUGGCUGUUGAUGUGGACUCUGGACAGAAUGCCUGGCUCUCCUAUAAACUCCAGAAAUCGAUAGAUAGGGCUCUGUUUGAAGUUGGAGCACAGAAUGGAGAAAUAAGAACAGCGCGUCAGGUCACUGAUAGAGAUGCUGUGAAACACAGACUCACUGUUGUGGUGGAAGAUAAUGGACAACCCUCUCGUUCAGCUACAGUCACUGUGAAUGUAGCUGUUGCUGACAGUUUCCCUGAAGUCAUCUCAGAGUUCAACAGCCAUAGCCAUGACACAAAGCACAAUGACAGUCUCACUUUUUAUUUGAUUUUGGCUCUGGCUGUGGUUUCAGUACUCUUCAUUUUCUCACUAAUUACCAUCAUUUCAGUCAAAAUCUACAGAUGGAGGCAAAAAAGACAGUUUUACAAAUCUGCACCAAAUUUACCAGUGAUUCCAUAUUACCCACCAGUCUAUGCUGAUGGUACUUUACAGCACGCGUAUAAUUAUGAGAUGUGUGGAACAACUGAUUCACGGAUGAGUGACAUCAAGUUUGUCAGGCCUUACAGCCAGAACACACUGGUGAAUGUGAGUCGCGCUGGAACUGUACAGAGAGAAAAGAAAGAACAGGAGGAUGCCGAUCUGUCUUUGGAGGUAAGAAUUCUCUAUACCUCUCUUGGUGCUUGUUCAUGA